AUGGAAGCUUUGGGUUAUAUUUCGCACUUUCUGGAUUCCUUCAUGUGGAUUGAAUAUAAAAUUGUAACUACCUGGGAUAGCUUGCUAGUUAUGCAUGCACCAGUGACAAUCAAAUUUAAACCUGGCGAUCAAGGUUUAGUUAUGGAAGUGAGCUCUUUGUUCUUUGAUGAUCCUCCAGCUCCAUCCGGAGAACCUGGGAAGCCUUUUGAUGGACUUUGGGACUAUGAAGUGGUUGAAUCCUUCUUUCUGAACAGUGCUACAAGCAACUACUUGGAAGUGGAACUUUGCCCGCAUGGGCAGCAUCUUGUAUUACGGCUUUCUGGAGGAGAUUGUCUUGAAAAAGGACUUGAGUUGGCAUUUAAAGCAGAUAUAAACUGGGGCAACUGGAAUGGCACAGCAAUUAUUCCUUGGGACUAUUUCCCCCCUGGUGUAGACAAAAUGAAUUCAUAUGCAAUCCAUGGAUCCGGGAUUGGCAAAAUGUAUGAGGCGCUUUAUCCAAUACCACGGGAAGAGAUUGAAGAGGGGCAAGGUCCUAAUUUCCAUCUUCUAGAAUAUUUCAAAGAUUUCUGGCUAAAGGACAUAAUGGGAGAGGACUGGAAUCAGCCUCCAUCAGAUCGAUGGGUAUAA